CCCGUAGGCACCGCGGUGCUCCGAGGAUCCCGAACCGCGCCGCCAUGGCUGCCCGGGUCGGCGUCGCGCCCGCCGGCGAUGGCCUGCGCUACGCCGGGUCCUCGCAGCCCCCCGCCCAGCCGUCGGACGCCGACCUCGACCGCGGGCUGGCAAGAAGUUUGAUAGCUGUGGGGCUGGGUAUUGCAGCUCUUGGCUUUGCAGGUCGCUACGCAUUUCAGAUCUGGAAACCUCUAGGACAAGUAAUCACAGAAACUGCAAAGAAGAUUUCAACUCCUAGCUUUUCAUCCUACUAUAAAGGAGGAUUCGAACAGAAAAUGAGUAGGCGAGAAGCAAGUCUCAUUUUGGGUAUAAGCCCAUCUGCCAGUAAGGCCAAGAUUAGAGCAGCUCACAGGAGAAUCAUGAUUUUGAAUCACCCAGAUAAAGCUUCUGCUCCAUCUGAAGCAGUCACCAUGCUGCUUUCUCCUGCUGUAGAUAUGUUUCGUGUGGGUCUCCUUACUUAGCAACCAAAAUUAAUGAAGCAAAAGACUUGCUAGAAGCAGCCACCAAACACUGAUGGAUGCUCAGGGACCACCCUGAAGGAGAAAAAGGGGGACCUUAUAACAAUUGCCCUGCAAAUUAAUCUAAACCAUGGCCUUCAUAAUCUUCAUAUGUGUACCGACCACAGUCAUUUCUUCCAUGUCUAAGCUGUGUAAUAAUAAAAGAUGAACAGUCUGGCUUUGUAUUAUCUUUCAAAGGAGCACAUGAAGAUUCUAGCACUGAUCUUUCCCCCUUAUUUUCUUCCUCUCUCUGAUAGUCAUACGUUUGAAGGCUUCUGUUACUAAGUUCCCCUCAUCCCAGCCCCUGCAGCUGUAUAAUUAUCAGUAAUAUAAUUGGAAUUUGUGAGCAAGAGUGUAGAAUUUCUUGCUCUUAUAUUUAUGCUCACAUUGUCCCUUGUUUCUUCAAAGGAAUUUAGCACUCUGCCUAUGUGAGGUGCUUUAAAUGUUGUGAGACGAAACCCUGACUGCCACCCCAGGAAAGUGAACUGAAGCUUGAUGGAAUUUACUAAAGGGUGUUUUGUAAAGCAGUGGUUAGGAAAGAACGCUGUUCUCCCAGAGAUCCCACGGCUGUACCAUGAGAACUUGGAGAGCUGCUAAAAUGAUUAAAGGUUUACAGAAUGAGCCCUGUGAGGAAAGCCUGGAAAUUGCCGGGAUAAGUCUGAGGGAUUCAUACUUAAUUAUAUAGUCUUCUGGUGCUGUGUAUUUAUUCAAGUAUGCAUUCUACAAAUAUUUAUUUACCACCUGUAGCGCGUGAGGCCCUGUAGGGGUCCUCAAGAGUUCCAGGUGUGAACCAGGCAUGGAUCCUGACCCAAAGGAACUUGAAUUUAAAGGAAAGAUAAACCACAGGAGUACUGUUAGAGAGGCACAGAUGAAAUGCCAAAGAAGUUCAAAAUAAAAGACUGUUUUACACUGAUCGUCAGGGGGGCGUGUCAUAGAAUCAGUAGCGUAGAGCUGGGCUUUAAAAACAAUGAGAUAUACCAUAAGAUGGGUGAGGCAGCUUUUCUGAGAUGAGUCAGAAUUAGCAGAAAUAGAGUCUAUUAGUUCGAUUGGGGUGCAGGGUUUCUCCAACGCAACGGAUGAACACACAGUCUGGAAGGGCUGCCCUUGUACAGUGCGUUCAAAGUUGUUUUUUUUUUCCUCAACACAGCCCCUGGUCAUCAUCACUUUACUGUUCUAAAAGGGAGAAAAGAGAGAGUCAGAAUACCAGCAUUAUUUUCCUGUACUCCUUUGCAAUGCUGGGUUCAUCCCAGGUAAACAGAACUACUGGGUUUCAUCUAUCUUAAAAUGCUUUUGUAAUAGUCUAGACGCAUCUUUCACUUUAUGACAUCCUAUAGUUGGGAGUUCUCAGCAUUGGUGAUAUUGACUCAUUGAGCUGCUAAUUCCUCCUUGUGGGGUGCUCUCCUUUGUAUGGUAGGAUGAUUAGCAGCAUCCCUGCCUGUAUCUACGAAAGGCCAGGAGCACCCCCUCCGUUGCGACAACUGAAAAUGUGUCUAGAUAUUGCCAGAUGUUCCUUGGAGGGCAAAACUGCCCCAGGUAGAGAGCCACUGCUCUAAAUGUUAACCGUGUGGUACAUAAAAUAAUGGAUGACCUGACUUAAAAUUGAUUCUUAGAGUCACUAAAAUAUGGUUCUUGCUUUAAAAUCCCCAUGUGUGUCACAGGUUUUUUGUGCUUUAGUUUUCCGGUCCACUGCUACCUCUGUACCUUGAAUGCCCUGCUGAUACCCAGAUCUCCACGUGUUCAAAGCCUGGGGAUAGUUGAAGGCCAAGCUGAAAUGUCUGUCCCUCCUUUUCUGGUGCUUUCAGCAAAAGUAAUCCCAUGAAUUGUCAGCUGUCAGCGAACAUGCACUGUAUCUGUGUUGGUCACUGCUACAUUGACACUCAAUAAAUAUUUGUUAAAUGAAC